GGAGACUUUGGGGAGGCACAGGAUUAGACCUUCAGAACCCAAACCAGGGCUGAGGCCACUCUUUGUGCCGGGAGGCAGUCUGUAUUUGUUCCUUUCAGGCCCCUGGCAAGCAAAGGCAGACAUUCUAAAAAGCAGCAAUUAUCCCUCCUGGCUCCUUUGUACAGAGCUCUGUAAAUAAUUUAUUUGGAUUUGAGGGUCUGGAGAUGGAAACACACAUCUAACCUUUUGGUAACCAGGCGAAUACAGAGUCUGGAACUUAAAGGCAAGUAGAAAACAAGUGAGAAUGAAACGUGUCUCUUUGAAAUCAGAGAAGACAACAAGACCUGAGAGCCCAGGCGGGAGGCUGGAGUUGGCCAGGCUGCCGCUGGAAGGGAAGUUUUCUCAUGACAUUUAAAGGUCACCCAAGGGGUUUCCACAACCAUAGCGUGAGCCCCUAUAGCUAAGAUUUUGGAGCAACUGUAUGAAGUUGGAAGACACACAGACCUGCACUGGGGCUGGUCCCAAACUCCUCCUGCUGCACUCAAUUCCUGCAUCAAACAAAGAAAAUUGUGUCUGCCAGGCUGGCUUGCUGAAGGCACAAGGUUUCCCAGCAUCGCACGGGGCUCCGGAAUGCCUGCAAACCCUCCGGGGGAGGUGGACGCUAUUCGUCCCACCUUUCAGAUAACUGCAUUUAGUACCAGCCUGAAAAACCAUGUGAUGGUCACGGACUUGGUGAAGAGGAACUGGCUUCCUUCCCAGAGAAGAGCCAAAGUUUGUUUCAUCCACAUGUGUCCCGGCCUGAAGGUGACUGAGCAGCCAGUGAGCGGAAAUGAGGCAAGCACUGGGAGAGCAUGUGGUCCUGGAGGCAUGGAAGCACACUGAAGUAGAGUUCAAGGAUCUCUGCACAUGCGCUAUAGUACAAAUGAUCAAAUCGCCCUUAAAAACCUCCAGUCUGGUGUUACAGAGAGGAAACUGGACUUCUCCAAGGAGACACUGGCAUCACAGAACACAAGAAUGAUAUCGCCUGUCGUCAUUUCCCGGCUGAUUGAUGAAAAGAAAUCGAUGGAAAAUGGAGCUGUGUUGUCACAAGCAAUCACCCAGCCUCAGCUGUGUCCUCCAAAGCCAGCUUCAGCCAGGCGCAGUGGAGUGAGCAAGCACAGGCCAUUUGCUUUAUCUCCUGAUGGAUUGGGAAUUUUGGCUCCAUCAGAUGAGCAAGGACUGGAGAUAGAACCACUGUCUACAGGGGACAAUCUAGGCAAAGGUCCCCGCAGUGGCUUUUCAUCUAUCACCAUUACUGCCCGACGUGUGGGUCCUCCAGCCAACAACUUGGUAUGGGACACUUUUAGGAACCCACUGUGUCCCAAGUGCGGGACCAAGGAUGCUGGGUUCCAAGGCCCCCCAGUUCUGGCUAGUGGUGCCCAUCUAUGUCAGCACAACAGACCCUACACCUGUACAGAGUUCCCCAGCAAUGGCUCUGUGGAGGGGCUGAAGGUUACUCAGGCUCACUCAAGGCUGUGUGCAAGGCAGGACUACUGGGUCACCCAUGUGGAUGAUAAUGAGGACAGUUUUUCUUCCGACAAUUCACCAUCAAGAAAAGUCCCACUGGUAUUUAGUUCUUGUGUCCACCUCCGGGUGUCUCAACAGUGUCCCAGUGCCAUUUACUAUUUGGACAAGUCUCUUUCUGUCCCCCUUGAGCAACCUCAAAUUGCUAGCCCCAAAAUGCACAGGUCUGUCCUGUCUCUCAGCCUCCGCUGUAGUUCCCACCAGUUAACAGCAGAUGGAGUAGACAGCCCAGCUAAUGGAGAGCCAAUCAGCAGAGCUCUAUCACAGGAACUCUCUGAGGGAAAACAGGACCUCCUAGGCCCACAAUGGGGCCAGCCACAAGAAGGUCACUGGAAGGAGAGCCCAGCAUUGGUGCCAGUACAUUUGGGGAGUGGCACAUGCCCUCAGACUGGCUCCCCUCCACUGGAAAAUGUCAAAUUUGCAGAUGUGGGAAGAAACCAGAUCCCAGUACAAAAGGAGAAAGAGGACCAUGCAGCAUGUACCAAUAGCAGCCAUUCUAACCAACUCUCCAUCCAUAUUCCCGGAUGGAGUUACAGGGCUGAAACAAAAGUACUUUCUCGGAGCAAGAAGCAGCAGCACCAAGCACAAAGGACUCUUUCUGCUUUCCCAGUGGGACAGAAGCCCAUUAAACACUUCCCUCCUGAUGGGGACAGUUUACCAAGCAAUGAUGGUCAGCCUAACAUCCUUUCUGAGUCCCACGAGAGGCAACACUCAUACUUCAUGACACCCAAAGUCCCUCUGUCUGGGUUUUAUUGCCCUUUACAAACUGUGUGUGCCUCUCUGCAGGAAGAUGAUGCUAUUCAGAUAGAAACACAGUUCCCCAAAGAUUACACGUGCUGUGACUUGGUUGUAAAACUAAAGGAAUGUGAGAAGCAUGAAGACCCCACUGUCACACCUGAGCCCUCACCAUCAACCCCCUCUCCAGCAACCCGAGCGGGACCACAGACCUCUGGCCCAUCAGAAGACAAUUUUGAGCCUCUAAUGGCAAGUUCUAUGACCUUGCAGGAAGCACUGGAAGUCCACAGACCUCAGUUCAUUUCUCGCUCACAAGAACGGCUGCAAAAGCUUAAGCACAUGGUACAGCAAAGGAAAACCCAACAAAAGGAGAGCCUGGGGCAGAAGCAAAGCCUACUUCCUGUCCGCGCCAACAAGAAGCAGUUCACCACUCCCCAUCCUCUUAGUGAUAACUUGUUCAAACCCAAAGAAAGAUGCAUUUCAGAGAAGGAGAUGCAUAUGAGAUCUAAAAGAAUCUAUAAUAACUUGCCGGAAGUUAGAAAGAAAAAAGAAGAGCAGAAGAAAAGAGUGGUCUUACAGAGUAACAGGCUCCGAGCAGAAGUCUUCAAAAAGGUAGCUAGCUGCCUGGCGCAGGUCCGAGGUGGGCGGUACCCAGGUGAACGGUGAACUUGACAUCUUUGUUUCCCUUGCUCCUACAGCA